GACUUCAAAACUCUUUCAGUCUUUCUUCUCUCUUUCUUAUUACACAUUUUUCGAUCAUUUCUGAAUCAAAUCUCACACACUGAAGAAAAAUGAACAACUUAUUCACCGGUUCAUUUUCUCGCUUCCGUAGCGAAGAAGUUUCACCGGACCGGCACCACGUCAUCGAGAUGACAGACGGUGCCGGAACCAGAACCGGAGCAGGAGCAGGAGGUAGAAUAAACCUUGACAAAUUCUUCGACGAUGUCGAAGGAGUAAAAGAUGAUCUAAAAGAGCUAGAAUCAAUCCACCAACGACUUUCAAAGACUAACGAACAGACGAAAACGGUUCACGAUGCUAAAGGAGUGAAGGAGCUUCGUUCACGUAUGGACGAAGAAGUUUCUGCGGCGUUGAAAAAGGCGAAGAUGGUGAAGCUGAAGUUAGAGAAGUUGGAAAGAUCUAAUGCAGCGAACCGGAAUUUGGAAGGGUGUGGACCGGGUUCAUCGUCGGACCGGACGAGGAGUUCGGUGGUGAAUGGAUUGAAGAAGAAGUUGAAGGAUUCUAUGGAGAGUUUUAAUCGUUUGCGUGAAGUUAUUACAACGGAGUAUAGAGAGACUGUUCAACGGCGUUUUUUUACUGUUACUGGAGAGAAUCCUGAUGAUAAGACUCUUGAUCUAUUGAUAUCUACUGGUGAGAGUGAGACCUUUCUUCAGAAAGCAAUUCAAGAACAAGGCAGGGGAAGAAUUCUGGACACCAUCAAUGAAAUUCAAGAGAGGCAUGACGCUGUCAAAGACUUGGAGAAGAGUCUACUGGCAUUGCACCAAGUGUUCCUCGACAUGACAGUAAUGGUACAAUUUCAAGGCGAACAAUUGGACGAUAUCGAGAGCCACGUGGCUAGGGCGAGCUCGUUUGUGCACACUGGAACCGAUCAGUUACAAACUGCAAGGAAGCACCAGAAAAACACAAGGAAAUGGGCCUGUUAUUGUAUUAUACUUCUUCUGAUCAUCGUCUUGAUUGUGGUUCUUGCCACAGUGAAACCAUGGCAACAUAAUGAUAGUGGAGGCGGUGGGGGUAAUCAGCCUGCUCCAGCGCAGACUCCCCCGUCACCUCCUCCUCCUUCGGGUGGUACUUAAUCUUAGGGGUUAAGAGUGUCUGUCUAUAAACUUCUAUGAAUAUUGGUUAAAUUAUGUUUUUAGGAUCUUGGAAGGGUGAGACUAACAUGGAUUGACCUACAGAUUUAUUAUUUCAAUCCAUGAAAAGGUUGGAUGAUGAAUGUGGGGUCUGUAAUCUAGAAAGGAAUGGUUGGGUCUUUUGAGGAGGACUUUUGGAAGUCAUUAUUUUGAGUAUCAUAUUCUUUUUCUGUAAGUAUCAUGCUGGUUUCAAUUUUGAUCAGUUGCUAUGUUUGGUGACUGAUAUUUUCAUUUUACAUAGUACAAUCCGCUUAAUAAAUUAUCUUCUUUGCUUUUACAA